CCGCAGAUCUGCUCCGUCUUGACUAUAGCCCUUGCUUUCCCUUGGUGCACCAUGGAGGCCUUCCAUCCACUCCUGCUGGCAAGUUUUAGCUUGUCACUCACCAGGGCUGGCACCAGCAACAACACCACCCCAGCGGACAGCAACUUGACCCACACAACCACAGGCCCCCCAGACCCCCGUGCCUCCCAGCCGCUGCUUACCUGGCUGCUGCCGCCCCUGCUGCUCCUCCUCCUGUUCCUCCUCGCCGCCUACUUCUUCAGGUUCAGGAAGCAGAGGAAAGCGGUGGUCAGCAACGACGACAAGAAGAUGCCCAACGGGAUCCUUGAAGAGCAAGAGCAGCAGAGAGUGAUGCUGCUAAGCAGGUCUCCGUCGGGCCCCAAGAAGUACUUCCCCAUCCCUGUGGAGCACCUGGAGGAGGAGAUCCGCGUGCGCUCAGCGGAUGACUGCAAGCGCUUCCGUGAGGAGUUCAAUUCCCUGCCGUCGGGACACAUGCAAGGGACCUUUGAACUGGCAAGUAAAGAAGAAAACAGAGAGAAAAACCGGUAUCCCAACAUCUUGCCCAAUGAUCAUUCAAGGGUGAUUCUGAACCAGGUGGACGGAAUCCCCUCCUCUGACUACAUCAAUGCUUCCUACAUAGAUGGGUACCCUUGACGCUGACCCCGCCUCUCUGACACAGGCCCUAAGCAGGAGACAGUGAAUGACUUCUGGAGGAUGGUCUGGGAGCAGAAGUCGGCCACCAUCGUCAUGCUGACAAACCUGAAAGAAAGGAAGGAGGAAAAGUGCUAUCAGUAUUGGCCGGACCAAGGCUGCUGGACCUAUGGGAACGUCCGUGUGUGUGUGGAGGACUGUGUGGUCCUGGUGGACUAUACCAUCCGAAAGUUCUGCAUUCAAGCACUCCCAGAUGGCUGUAAAGCCCCGAGGCUGGUCUCACAGUUACACUUCACCAGUUGGCCUGACUUUGGGGUGCCUUUCACCCCCAUCGGGAUGUUAAAGUUCCUGAAGAAGGUGAAGACACUCAAUCCCUCUCAUGCUGGGCCUAUCGUGGUCCACUGUAGUGCGGGAGUAGGCCGGACGGGCACCUUCAUUGUGAUCGAUGCCAUGAUGGACAUGAUACACUCGGAGCAGAAGGUCGACGUCUUUGAGUUUGUGUCACGCAUACGCGAUCAGCGCCCUCAGAUGGUCCAGACAGAUGUACAGUACACAUUCAUCUACCAAGCCUUGUUGGAGUACUACCUCUACGGAGACACAGAGCUGGACGUAUCCUCCCUGGAGAGGCACCUGCAAACGCUACACGGCACGACAUCCCACUUCAACAAGAUCGGACUAGAGGAAGAGUUCAGGAAACUGACCAAUGUGAGGAUCAUGAAGGAGAACAUGAGGACUGGCAACCUGCCCGCCAACAUGAAGAAGGCCCGAGUCAUCCAGAUCAUUCCAUAUGACUUCAAUCGGGUGAUCCUCUCCAUGAAGAGAGGUCAGGAAUACACAGACUAUAUCAACGCAUCCUUCAUAGACGGCUACAGGCAGAAGGAUUACUUCAUGGCCACGCAGGGGCCGCUGGCGCACACAGUAGAGGACUUCUGGAGGAUGGUGUGGGAGUGGAAGUCACACACGAUUGUCAUGCUGACAGAGGUGCAGGAGCGGGAACAGGAUAAAUGCUACCAGUACUGGCCAACAGAGGGCUCGGUGACGCACGGAGAGAUAACUAUUGAAAUAAAGAGUGACACCCUGUCUGAAGCCAUCAGUGUACGAGACUUCCUGGUCACCUUCAGUCAGCCCCUGGCCCGCCAGGAAGAGCAGGUCCGCACAGUACGUCAAUUCCAUUUCCACGGCUGGCCAGAGAUCGGGAUCCCAGCCGAGGGCAAGGGCAUGAUCGACCUCAUUGCCGCUGUGCAGAAGCAGCAGCAGCAGACAGGCAACCACCCCAUCACCGUGCACUGCAGUGCGGGAGCUGGACGGACGGGUACGUUCAUAGCCCUCAGCAACAUUUUGGAACGAGUGAAAGCUGAGGGACUACUAGAUGUGUUUCAAGCUGUGAAGAGCUUACGACUUCAGAGGCCACACAUGGUGCAAACCUUGGAACAGUAUGAAUUCUGCUACAAAGUGGUACAAGAUUUUAUUGAUAUAUUUUCUGAUUAUGCUAAUUUCAAAUGAAAAUUCCUGCCUUAAAAUAUUUUUUAAUUUAAUGGUCAGUAUAUUUUGUAAAAAAAAAAGUUAAUUUAUUUCAUAAUGGACAUUGAUACCCCUCCUAACUCCUUUGUAUAUAUUUUGUUAUGCUUUAAAGGCCACCUGCUAUAAGGUUAUUAAAUCUUAAAUGCCCUUUUUAAAAAUUGGAAUAAUGUCUUGAGGUCAGAUAAUAUCUGAGAAGAUAUAUAUUUCUGCUAAUAUUGGUAAAAAUCUUAAUUUUUAAUUCGAUUCACAUCAUGUAAUGUCAUAUGUCAUGCAUCUGUAAAUGUGGUUCUUAACAUGCCAAGUGUGUUUAUGCAAGACACUAAACCAGAAGUCCCCGGUUGAGGAAGCGGGUGACGACUCAGCAUCAAGGUGCGUCCGCUCUCCCGCAACCAACCUUAGCACCCGGGGCAGCAGGGUUUAGAAAGGAAUGUACAUAGGGACUUCGAGUUCUCAGCCAUGCGGUUUCUCUUUAUGCUUGGAAGAUCAGAGAAAGAGCCGGGCAUGGUGGUACAUCCCUGUACUCCUAGCACUGGAGAGGCUGAGGCAGGAGGAUUGCCUCCAGUUCUAGGCUAGCCCUUGGCUACACACUGAGAUGCUGUCUCAAAAAAAUUAAGUUUAAUGAAGUCAGAGAAGAUUUUCCAACCCGAAUCUAGGUCUCAGUCCCAUAAGGAUAGAUGGUAACUCUUCAGUGAUAUUUUGAAGGUUUAUUAAAGGCUCUGUCUCUGCCGCUGCAGUUUGAUGAGAGCAUUUGUGCUGACACCUGGCUUUUCAUUCCUUUGGGCCUGGGUGUCCCCAAACCAGGAUCAAAGCUUUGUUCUGCAAGAACCGCUUGCUGUCCAUCUGCUUGUGUGCCUGGCUCAGAAUCCAACCAAGUACACUCCCAGGGCUGCCAGAGCUCACUUCAAGCCAGGCCUGCAAGCUCAGUGCAGAACUACUUCCCUCCCUCCAACACUGAAAUGAAGUGUCUACAUGCACACACACACACACACACACACACACACAGAGUAGGGGAGCACAUGUGUAGAAAUAGUAGGCUGGCCACAAACAGUUGUACUGUAAAUUUCCCAAAAGGCAUUUUGUUGUAUAAAAUUUUCUUGUAAAAAGCUAAGCUGGUUUGUAGGAAAAGAAAUCUAAAAGUCUAGAUUUGUACAGUUUUUAAAUGUCCCACUCUUUGAUGUUAACUUAUAGAAAAGGUGAGAGAGGGGCAAAAAAAAGAGUCUCCUAAUUUGAAGCCUAACUUAUUGGAGGACGGAAAUGCUGCUGAGGCCUCUGAGCCUGGGUGAGGACAGCACUGAUAAGGAGGGUUGGCUCAGGGGAAGAAACGGAAUGUAGAAGCAUUGCUUUCAGUAAAGAUUCUCCAUGCCCGUUAGGUACCUAGCAAAGAGCACAAUGCAGGGAAGAAGGCAGGGCCAUGACUCACUAAAGCACUGAACAUUUGCAGUUUUGGUACUCUAUUCUGUUUUGAAAAGAGAUAUGAAAAUAUAAAGGCCUUAUCUGACAUUUCCAUGGAGAACUGAUCACGCCUUCCCAUUGCACUGUUUGUCCCCGUUUGUUUAUCGUGUGCACAGGGAUGACCCCAGGGCUGGUCACGGCCUUCCACAGGUGAACAGGUCACCAAGCUUCUCUUCCACUUCAUAGCUCUGAGUUCCAUCCUGGGAAAUCAGAUAGGGCCCAGCAUGGAGGGCAAAGCCAGGCAGUGGUUCCGUCAGCCAUCACUAUCAGCUGCCCCCGGGCCUGGAUGCACCUGCUGAGUGGGCCUCCCCUUCUCUCUACAGUGGUAGAACUGUAAGGAGCUUAUUGUGACUGGCCAGUGGUCCCUUGCGUUCCCAGGUUAAAACCCUGGGCCCAAAGCCUUUCUUUGACUGAAGCAGAAGAGUUCCACACCUGAAAUCCAGUGGGAUGAAGGUGACCUUACACUGGUCAUUGAUUUGAGUUCCACGUCAGUCAGGUCACGCACCUCACCUGCAGCUCAGUUGGUAGAACUCUUGAAGCCCUUUAAUGCUCUACCGGGCAUCUCUUGCAUCAAGGGGUACCUUUAGAGUGGACUUUAAAGUACCAUAGUUGUGAGCUUUUUCCUGACCUUGGGACUAUCCCAGGGGCCCACUGCAGGAGUUUGGCCUGUUUUUAAACAACUUGUCCAUUCCAGAGUCAAACAGACACACCCUCUCACCGACACAGUUUGAGGCGCACUCGUCCUUUGUCAGAGCCUGACCUCUAGCUUCCCAUGUGGCUAAUGCCGAGGCCAAGUUCAAACAGAUUUCCCUGGGUCACAGAGCCACUUCAUGCCAGGGGACUACUAAGAGGACCUUCGUCUUCUCUGUAUACCUGUCAUGCCCAUCUCAUCUUCCCUCAGUCAAAGAAAGUCCAGGGUCUGCCCACAAACGCCCAGCGCUGCAGUGACCGUCCUGUUCCUCUGUUGCAUGCGGCUGUGUUCAAAUGCCAUAUAGCAGUCAGAGCUAAGUGUUCUGAUCGGGCGUGUCCCUCGGUCACUGUGUGACUUACUUUACUCUCUCUCCAUGCCCUAGACGAAUGACGCAUACACACCUGUGUUUUCCAAGGUAUUUUUUAUGUGUUUUUAAAAAACUUCUUAAAAUGAGCCUGAUACCUGUGUUUCAGCGUUUGGAGACAUGCCCGUGUUUGUUUGGGGUUUUUUUGGAUGUAUGUUUACUGAUAUAUUUUCAUUUGUUUAACUAAGCCAUGUUUAAUUUAUGUGCAAUCUUUAUAAUAUAUGGAUGUGUUACAGUUCCAACCUCAUGUUUUCUUUUAUUACAUUUACCAUUUGAUCUUGCUCUGAUUAUAAUGCCAGUGAAUGUUGCUGAAUUCUUUGCAUAUGCAAACUGCAAGAUCUAAAACAUUCUGAUGUAAGAAUAAACCUUUAUCUUGA